AUGAAUGAAUUUGAUCCAGCUCAUCCGUACAAUGAUGAUAAUGACGAAGACGAUUUGUUCGUGAGUAUGAUGUACCAGUAUUACACAGACAGCCUACUACAGCCAGAUCCAUCUCCACUACUCACGCGGCGUGCGGCGUUAAAUAGAGAUCGUGAGGAAGGGCAUCGACGGCUAGUUAACGAUUACUUUGCGGAAAAUUGUGUCUACAAGCCAAGCGAUUUCAAAAGAAGAUUUCGUUUGCGAAAAAAUGUCUUCGAAAGGAUAGCCAACGCUAUGGAAGUAAGAUAUGAAUUUUUUCAAAUGAGAUAUGAUGCUAGAGGCAAACGAGGCUUCAUAGGGUUGCAAAAAUGUGUUGCUGCAAUCAAACUUAUGGCAAUGGGGGAGUCACCCGAUUCUGUUGACGAUUAUAUGAGAAUGUCUGAGAGGACCGCACGAGAAAGUUUGUAUUUAUUGGCAAUAGGUGUUGUCGAAACCUUCGGUGACCAAUACUUGCGCAAACCUUCGUUGCAUGAUAUGCAACAACUAUAUGCGGCGCAUGAAGAAAGACAUGUUUUUCCGGGUAUGCUUGGGAGCAUUGACUGCACACACUGGAAAUGGAGAAAUUGCCCGGUGGCGUGGAAAGACCAGUAUUCGAGCGGUCAUCAUGGAGCGCCUUCGUUGGUAUUAGAGGCCGUUGCUUCACAAGAUUUAUGGAUUUGGCAUGCUUUUUUCGGGGUUGCGGGUUCUAACAACGACGUCAACGUUCUCGAUCAAUCACCAAUAUUUGACGACCUUUUGUCAGGAAAAGCCCCGGAUGCUCCUUUCACAGUGAAUGGAAAUGAAUAUAAGUUUGGGUAUUAUCUUACAGACGGAAUAUAUCCACAAUAUUCCACGUUUGUGAAGGCGUUUCGACACCCAAUAGAUCCAAGAGACAAAUAUUUCAAGAGACGACAAGAAGGAGCACGUAAGGACGUUGAACGUGCUUUUGGGGUUUUGAAAUCAAAAUGGCACAUAGUUGAACAUGCAGCGAGACCUUAUGAGUUAGAUACUCUACGAUAUAUCAUGUAUGCAUGUAUCAUAAUGCAUAACAUGGUUGUCGAAGAUAAAUGA